CCCCUUCGCUCUCUCUCUCUAGAUUUUCUCUCUCUCUAUCCGAAUUCUCCCCAAUUUGGAAAAAUCGCUCCCUGUUUCUCUCUCUAAAAAUCGCUAUCGAUCGAUACAUAUAUAUAUGUAUAUGUCUGUUGUUCCACUUCGCGAUUCUAGGGUUUUGGUUAUCGGAAUUCAGAUUUGAGUUGCGUCGCCGGAAAACUGAGGGUUUUUGGAAUCGUUACAGUUCUGUAUUUUUUUUGGGGAUCUGUGUGAUUGGAAAUGGAUACGAUGUCGUCUGGACCGUCAAUGGUAGUAGGGAGUAACAAGGAUGUUCCUUCUUCGAUGACGCCGACGGCGGUGGAGGAUGACGGCGCGAUGUCUGUUAACUCUGGACUAGCAAAGGAGGCAGCUUUGCUUUUUCAGUCGGGGAAUUAUGCUGAUUGUGUUAGAGUUUUGUAUCAACUGUUGCAGAAAAAAGAAGGCGAUCCAAAGGUUCUACAUAACAUUGCAAUUGCUGUGAACUUUCAAGAUGGUUGCUCCAAUCCUAAGAAGCUGAUUGAUGAACUUAAUAAUGCUAAGAAAAGAAGCGAAGAGCUUGCUUGUGCUGCUGGCGACCAGGCAGAUCCUGCUAGCAAUAGUGGAGCCAAAGCGGUGACAGGAAUUAGUGGAAAUAACAGUGCACCACGGCAGCUAUCCGCUCAACAUAGUUCCAAAUUUGUUUAUGCUGAUGAGUUUGACCCUUCAGUGACCACAUACAAUCUAGCAGUUUCCUGGUUUCAUUUGCAUGAACAUGCAAAAGCAUUUUCAAUUUUGGAACGAUUGUUUCAGAACAUUGAACCAAUAGAUGAGGAAAUAGCCAAACGCAUUUGCCUCUUACUACUGGAUGUUGCAUUACUUACUCGAAAUGCAGCAAGAUCAACUGAUGUGAUCAGCUAUGUGGAAAAGGUCUUUUGUAGCAAUAGUUUAUUGAGUCAAGUUGACAAUGGAAACUCCGCACUGCCAACAGCUUCAGCCGUUUUGAAAUCGACUUCAUUUCCCAGCAAUUCAACUAUUCCUGAUGCAGCUAAUCCAGAUUCACCUUCUGCUGGGAUAACCUCCGAAGGCUCCUUGUCUAGGACAUUGUCAGACGAGGGACUUGAAGAUGAUGCUCUGCAUUUGAUAUCAUCCAUGGAGAUUGGUGGGCAGAACCUACCACGACAGUCUGGAUUGAAAUCUUCAAAUGAUCCAACAAGGAACCAGACUGAUGAAUUUAUCUCUACUGCUGAUAUGAGGAUUAAACUGCACCUUUGCAAGGUCCAAUUUCUUCUUCUCACCAGGAAUCUCAAGGCAGCUAAGCGUGAAGUUAAGAUGGCUAUGAACACAGCACGGGGGAAAGAUCAUUCUAUGGCUCUCUAUUUGAAGUCCCAGCUUGAAUAUACUCGUGGGAAUCACCGAAAAGCAAUCAAGCUCUUGAUGGCAUCAAGUAAUCGGGCAGAAACGGGAAUUUCUAGCUUAUACUACAACAACCUGGGUUGCAUAUAUUAUCGACUUGGCAAGCAUCAUACUUCUUCUGUAUUCUUUGCCAAGGCUCUGAGUAAUAGUUCAUCUCUCCGGAAAGAGCGACCUUUAAAGCUCUCAACCAUCUCACAGGAUAAGUCUCUUCUCAUAACAUAUAACUGUGGUGUGCAGUACCUGGCUUGUGGGAAACCAUUGCUGGCUGCAAGCUGUUUCUACAAGACUAGUCAGGUUUUCUACAAUAGACCUCUUUUAUGGUUACGAGUUGCAGAAUGUUGUCUAAUGGCCCUUGAGCAGGGACUGCUCAAGUCCAGUGGUGUUGCUGCUUCUGACAGGUCUGAUGUUAAAGUUCAUGUUGUUGGACAAGGGAAAUGGAGGCAACUUGUUAUGGAAGAUGGGAUAUCAAGAAAUGGACAAGAAAGUUUAUCAGGAAAGGAAGAUUUGGCGACCAAGGAUAGACAGCCUAAGUUAUCGGUACCACUUGCUCGUCAGUGUCUUCUGAAUGCUUUGCAUUUGUUGAACUGUUCUGAAUCAAAAGGUAACAAGUCCAUACAGUCUCAUGCUUCUGGUCUGGAAGAAAGUGAAACAAGAGAAGCAGUACCAUCCAAGAAUGGAUCAACUGCUGACCCUAAGGCGCUGAACAUGACAGCAUCUGGUCAGGUUAAUGCAAAUGGGGAGGUGAAAGAGCAAAAGGGUGCAAGCAGUCAAAAUGCCUCCUUCUUGAGUUCUCUCAGUGAGUAUGAAGCCACUUGUAGAAAAGAGAAUCUGAUGAUUGAGCAAGCUGCAUUGGCUGAUUUGGCUUUUGUAGAGCUGGAAUUGGGAAAUCCACUGAAGGCUCUUGCAGUUGCAAGAUCUCUCUUGAAAGUCCAAGAAUGUUCGAGAAUAUACAUCUUUCUUGGCAAUGUGUAUGCUGCUGAAGCUCUAUGCUUGCUGAACCGGGCAAAGGAAGCUGCAGAGCAUUUGUCAACCUAUAUCUCCAGUGGCAAGGGUGUUGAUCUGCCAUUUAGUGAAGAGGACUCUGAAAUGUGGAGACAGGAGAAAACAUUGGAUUCGGAAGAUACUAAUGUUGGAUCAGCGGCUGUGAAUUCCUUUCCAUCAGAGGAAUCUCAAGCAUUUGUGUUUGUUAAGCCAGAAGAGGCCCGCGGAAUUCUCUUUGCAAACUUAGCUGCCAUGUCUGCUGUGCAAGGAGACAUCGAACAGGCCCAAACUUAUGUGGUACAUGCACUUUCGACAAAACCUCAACGUCCUGAAGCUAUUCUUACUGCGGUAUACGUGGAUCUUCUGCGUGGGAAGGCACAAGAAGGUCUCACAAAGUUGAAACAGUGUAAUCGUAUUAGGUUCCUACCAGGCAGUCCGACCUUAAGUGGUUCGUCGUGAUGAUUCGUAUUCUUAUGAGUUAGCAGGCAGGUAGUUCAGGAAUCCCUUGAUAGAGUAUAUGUACCAUAUAUAUAGCUCAAUUCAGGAACAAGUUUUCGUUUUUCAAAUGUUUAUGAUUUGCAGGUUUAGGUUUCAGGAGGUGAUGGGGGGUGGUGGUGGUAUGGCUGAGAUUAGUUUGGUUGUUGCAGAUACAUGCCCAUCUAUAAAAAGAUUCGAGGUGUAUUUUUCAUACAGAGAGACCCAGUCUAGUUCCCCUUUAGAGAUAUAUAGAGGUUUUAUGAAUUCCUAUGGAGAGAUGAAUCGUGAACUCAGCAUUUCUUUCAUAAAGUUAUUUUAAUCCUCAACUUAUGGGCAUUUCAGUA